GGGACGAAAUGACUGCGGAAAUCGGAUUAGUAAGUCUGACCACUAAGCAGGGAACCAUUUCUGGGAACUAAAUCAGGAAGUUCAUUUUGACAGACGAAUUUUAGAAAAAAACAAUGAGUGAAAAAAGUUCAGUUUGCAUAGUUGGUUCUGGAAAUUGGGGAUCUGCUAUUGCAAAAAUAGUGGGACAAAAUGUUGUGGAGAAAUCAGACAUAUUUGAGACAAGGGUCAACAUGUACAUGUAUGAAGAGAAUUUUGAAGGCAGGAAACUCACAGAAGUCGUUAAUGAAAAACAUGAGAAUGUUAAGUACCUGCCUGGGGUGAAAUUACCUGAAAAUGUGGUAGCUAUGCCAGAUCUUGUUGAGGCGUGUAAAGGUGCAGAUAUUCUGAUAUUUGUAAUGCCACAUCAGUUUGUUAGACAAACAUGUAAAACCAUGCAAGAACAUAUCAAAGACUCUGCUCUAGCUGUGUCAUUAAUUAAGGGUUUCGAUAAAGCUCCAGAUGGUAAACCAGGUAUUGCGAUGAUCUCCAACAUGAUAGAGGAAAUACUAGGUAUAGAUUGUGCCGUGCUGAUGGGGGCUAAUCUCGCCCCAGAAGUAGCUGAUGAACAGUUUUGUGAGGCCACUAUAGGUUGUAAGAAUUUAGCAGAGGGUGAAAUACUAAAAAAUUUGUUUGAGAAACCAUAUUUUAGAUGUUCUAUAUGUAUGGAUGUAGAAACUAUUGAAAUGUGUGGUGCUUUAAAGAAUGUGGUUGGUAUAGGGGCUGGUAUUGUGGACGGUAUGGGGCUCGGACAUAAUACCAAGGCAGCAGUGAUACGACUUGGUCUCAUGGAAAUGGUCAAAUUUGGAGAAAUGUUUAUAAAAGGUAGUCAGGAAGUAACAUUUUUUGAGAGUUGUGGAGUUGCAGAUCUGGUCGCCACUUGUCAUGGUGGACGAAACAGAAUGUUGGGUGAACUUGUUAUCAAAUCUGAUAAGGACCGGCCGAAUUGGACUAUUAAAGAAUUAGAGAAAGAAAUACUGAGAGGACAGAGUUUCCAAGGACCUUUGGUGGCUCAAGAGAUUCACGAAGUUCUUAAAGAAAGGGGUAUAGUUGAUGAUUUCCCGUUGUUUAAUGCCAUUUACAGAAUCUGUCAACGUGAAAUCCCUCCAAGUGAUUUUAUAGAUUGUCUUCGCUCACAUCCUGAACACAUGGACUGAACAGAACAGAAUAGAACAUAACAGAAUGGUACAUUAAAGAGAUUAGUGACCUUGAAGCAAGACUAAUUAGAAACCCAUCAAGCUUUUAGGAACAUCUAGUGUUGUACAUACAUUCACUCACAAAUCGCAUGAGCUUGAAAAGUAAUGUACAAGGAAAUAACUUUCAGUGAUCAAACAUGGCUUAAAUUACAAAUAAAGUUAAAGCCGUGGAUCAAUAUAAUGCUUUGAAUAGUUGAAAUAUUUUUUGUUUUGCUUUCGUUGAAAAAGAUAAUUUGAUUGACUUAGUCAACAUUUAAAUAUAGUUAAAUAUUUCAUUUCUAUCACAAAGAUGUUUUUGUUUUUCAAAGUUUGCAAUAAGUAGCAUUGCAUUGAGAAGACAAUUAAUACAACAGAAAUAUUCAUAUAAUUUAUAAUAUAUCACAGGAACUUGAUGUUUAAUCUAUAAAUCACAAGAUACGCAUUUAUAAGAAAAUAAAGCCCUUAUCUCUAUGAAUUUAUAGAGCUAUAUUUUGUCAUAAACAUAAAUUUUGUGACUUACUGUUUAAAUAUCACGUUCCAGUGCACAGAUCUAGAUAAAUGUGAAUUAAACUAAUGUAAUAGUUCAUCAUUUUCAGAAAAUUUGCAACAAAGGAUGUCUUUUAAUCAACUUUAUAGUGUAUUUUUUAUUUUAGUUCAGAUUAAUGGAAACUAUUUUGAUGUAUACUGUAAGCAGUAACAUCGUUAAAAUCUGUUGUAAAUAUAUAUUUAAUAAUUAAAAUAGGAAUAGUAUGUUUUAUAAAAAUGUUUUUAUAUUUAUUCGUUUUAUAUUCUAUAUGUUGUAGCAUAAUCUUCUGUGUUUUCCUUUUAUCCGGACAUCUAUAUAUAUAUGCAUAAGCUAAUAGGAAAGCAUGCAAAACAAAAAUCCAUUUGGAACAUAGUCUGUAAAUGAAUCAAUUUAACAGUUACAUUAUAUAAUAUUGUCUAGAUUUGGAGCUGAUGAGUGGAUUUAUUUAGUUAUUGUGGCUAUGCAUAAAAGUUAGAUUUGUUUGGACACAGUUAUAGGAUAGUCAUUAGUGGUGUUUUGU